AUGUUCCGACCUGACUACUGGACAGACGACCCCAUGGACGGCAUCAUGGGGGGUGGCAUGCUCCGUGGAGGUCCUGCUGCGCGUCGAUUCGAUGAAUACUACCGAUGCUACCCCGUUGCGAUGCUUCCAGGCCCUGAGAGAGAGAACGUGAACCAUGGCGGCAAGGUUAUCAUGCCUCCCAGCGCAUUGGACAAACUUACCCGCCUUCAUAUUACCUACCCUAUGCUCUUCGAGCUUCACAAUGGUGCCAAAGAAAGGAUGUCACAUGCUGGUGUCUUAGAGUUCAUUGCAGAGGAAGGAAAAAUUUAUCUCCCAUUCUGGCUUAUGCAAACGCUACUACUGGAGCCUGGAGAUCUACUUCAGAUCAAGUCAACAGACCUUCCUCCCGGCCAAUUCAUCAAACUCCAAGCACAGUCUACCUCAUUCCUCGACAUCAGUGACCCCAAGGCCGUCCUCGAAAAUGCAUUCCGCAACUUCUCCUGCCUAAGCAAGGGCGAUGUCUUUACUUUCGGAUAUAAUGAUCAGGUUUAUGAAAUGGCCGUUCUAGAGACAAAGCCCGCGGGCUCUAAGAAUGCGAUCUCUGUUCUGGAAACCGAUCUGGAGGUCGACUUCGCUACUCCGGUUGGAUAUGAGGAACCACAACGUACUAGCGGUACCAGCACCCCGGGAAGUGUGGUGAAACAUGGUAAACUUCCCGCAGGUGGGCUUCUGCACCCCCAUGGCUCCAUGGCGCAGUCUAUCAACUAUGCUGCCAUCGCCCCCGAGUCCACCGAUGCUGCCACAGGUGCCCGGGCCACAUCCUCCAACUUCUUGUCAGAGGGGCAACGCCUAAAUGCCAAGAAGGGUAGCAAGGCACCUACUCCAAAGGCUUCUACUCCCACUCCCGGCGCCACCAAUCCCCAGCAUCCCCCACCAGUGCGCAGAACCAACGGCCCCCAACCACUUCGGCUCCCACCUAAUCAACUCUUCUUCGGAUAUGAAAUCAAACCAGUAAAGCCACGCAACGAAAACGGACAAGUGGUUUUGCCCGAAGAUCAACCCACGUUCCGGGGCAUCGGUCAAACAUUGCGAGGAAAGAAGAAGGAUCUCGGUGGUUCGGCAACACCUACCUCGGACAGUGGGGCUGAGAGCCAGAAAGGCAAGGGAAAUACUAGUGGAAAUGGACGAACCCUGGGCAGCAGCAAACGCUAA